ACACCCCCCACCCCUCCACUUCCCUGGGACGUGCCUUUGUCACGCGCGUGCGUGCACGCUCGUUUGGAACACGGCCUACGGGCGCGCGCUGAUCCCUGGGACACCGUGAGAGGUUCACACGGCGCCAACAAUGUAGGAAAGUUGCCUUACUCUUCCAUAGGAGCAACUUUAAGCGAAUGCCGAGGGGCGGAAACUUUUCACUAGUUACCUCGAUAAGCCAAUUUAAUUUUUUACGCAUUGUACGUUUCAUAUUUGAUGAGUUUACGUGUGCAACUUGUGGCACACCGAGCGACGUCAGGCCGUCAAUGAACGCCGCAGGCAGACAGACGGGCAGGAAGCUAAAGGCUAACAGCUAAGCGCUAGCUAGCUGCCGCUGGCAAGUGUUUCCAACGCGCUUUUUUUGCGCCCGUUUGCCGAAAAAGUGGAGCACCGCAUGUGGUCGCCGUCGCUCAAGGAAGCGGCUAGUCGACUUCACGGGGCGGGCGGCCGGUGGCGACGCGUUCUUGCAAAAAGUGUGUUCCGUCUGAGGCUAAUACACUCGCUAGCAUGCCUCAGCUGAGCGACGACGGAGACUUGGGCGCCAACGACGAGUUGAUCCCGUUCAAGGAUGAGGGCGAAAACGACGACAAGACGACCACAGCGGCCGCCGCCGCCGCCGAGCGGGACCUCGACGACGUCAAGUCGUCGCUAGUCAACGAAUCCGAGACAAAUAACAGCCCGUCGGAUUCAGAGUCUCGUGUGUCCGGGCAGGCGGCAGACAGACGAGCCAGACGUCAGUCAGACUCUGCCGACCGGGCUGGAAGCAGCCAGCUGCUUGGGGAAGCGCUGAGGAGGCAGGCCGGGGGUAGGGGUCUCUUCCAGCACCCGGCCUACGUGGGCUACCCCUUCUUCAUGAUUCCCGACCUGUGCGGCUCGUAUCUAACUGGUGGAGGGCUGGCGGCGGGCGCCCAUGCGUAUCUGCCGUGGCAGUGGCCCUUUCUGGAUGUCCCCGGAAGAGCAGCCAGGAGAGACUCAGCCACGCCGGCUCACCUGUCUAGCGGUGUGCCCGCCCACAUGGCUCAUCUUCACCCGCUGCUGUCCUACCGGCCCGAGGCCUUCUCGCCGCCGCCGAGGGCAUUGGCCAGCUUCUCGCCCGAAGCAGCAGGCUCGUCCCGGCUGCCCCACGUUGCACGCUAUCCCGUUUCGCCCGCCGACGUGGCUCAGAUGGCGCACGCCUUUGAUUGGCUCAGCUCAUCCCCUGGCCUGGUGAGCGCCUCACCCUCGCCUGUGCCCUCUCCCAGCUCCUUCUUGGCGGUCGCCAUCAAGCAGGAACCCGAAGAGGCCCGAGAGCACAGCCCGCUGAGGAAGCCAGUGAUGACAGCGCAAGAUGUUAGUGGCAGCAGCGAUCAGAAGGCCAAAGGUCACAUCAAGAAACCGCUCAAUGCCUUCAUGUUGUUUAUGAGGGAUGAAAGGCCCAAAGUGGUUGCACAGUGCCAAGUCAAGGAGAGCGCCACCAUCAACCAGAUACUGGGACAGCGGUGGCAUUCUCUGAGCAAGGACGAGCAGGCCAAAUACUACGAGCUGGCCCGGAAAGAGCGGCUGCUGCACUCGCAACUUUACCCCGGAUGGUCGGCCAGAGACAACUACGGCAAGAAGAAGAAGAGGAAGAAAUUCAAGGGCGGAAGCCAUCAAGAGACCGCCACAGACGAUUCUCCACCGCCGCCCAAGCGUACGCACCUGUCCCCCGUGCACGACGAGGCACCUCACGCACACACUCUCCUCACGCAAACCCGCGCACACACAUCGACCUCCAGUGCGCACACACGCGCCCACCUGUCCCGCCCCCAGACAGUCUCCCAUCUCACGCACACGCACCUGUCCCAGGCCAGCCCCGCCUCCUCCGUGGACUCCCCGGCCACGCCCACGGCGGCGUUGGCGUCACCCGCCGCCCCCGCGCCCACGUACACUGAACACACACACUCUCACGCGUACUCCAACUGCGGCCACAGUGGCCGCUUGUCGCCGGGCGCUGACCAACCGCUCGCCCUCACCACUAAGCCGCUGCGCAGUACGCUUGCGCCACCCAAAUCCACCUUGGACCCAUCCUCCUCCUCCUCCUCCUACAGAUAAGCCAAUCGGCUUUGAGUGGUGGCCGGUCAAUCAGCCAUCAAGGUGUUUAAAAAAAAAAGUUGAAAAAAAAAUAUUGUUGGGGAAAACGACAAGUUUGUGGUCAAUAUUUGACUUUGUCGUCAUUCGUUUUGCCUCAUUUUCACUUACAAACUGCAAACUUUUAUAAACACAAAUAAAUAUUCUCAAUUUCA